UUGAUUCACUCCCCAGCCUGUUGCUGCCAAACCAGCUGGCAGUUUCAAUUGAUAGUCUGACCCGUAACUGUAGGUUACAGUCAAACCCGUGACCUCCACCAUCAAGUUUGGGCACUAUUUUUACCCUUUUUGUUUUCUGAGUAAAAAGAUCCACAUUCAUGAUGCGCACCCUGGAUGAACACUCCACAACUUUCAACUGUGGAGGUUCUCACCUUCCUCUCUGCCACCUGUGAUUUAACCCCUUUUUCAUCGAGUUUAUCACUUUUUGGGCAUGAUGCGAUUCUGCAGCAGCAGCUAGCGCUGAAGUUUGACUCUGUCCACGUGCCAGUGGGUCUGCCAGGAGGAAAAGUUUGCCCGUGACUGAGCUACUCUUCUCCUCACCUGAUUUGCACGUCACUCCCAGCCGCGCGCGCACAGACGUCUCUCUCCUCGGGCCCUGCUGUGGUCAGGAUGGGCUCCCUAAUGUGGACCCCGGGGAACCUGCCAGCAUGGAAAGCCACGAUUCUAUUUUGUAACAUCUUCUCUGCUGCUGUGGCGAAGAGACACGUCGUGUUUUGGAAUUCUACAAACACAAGGUUAACAGCUGGAGAUCUGACAAUCCAGGUGAAUCUCAGCGACUACCUGGACAUUUACUGUCCGUACUACCCGAACAAGGGCGCGGUGGGGGAUGGGCAGCCGGAGACACUGGCCCUCUACUUGGUGGGAGAGGCCUUUUUUCAGGGAUGUGUGGAGACAAGAAGAGCCAUCAAGAGGUGGGAGUGUAACACUCCCUAUGCUCCGUUUGGACCUGUGCGCUUCUCAGAGAAGAUCCAGAGGUUCACACCCUUCUCCCUGGGGUUUGAGUUCCUGCCAGGACGACACUACUACUACAGCUCUCUGCCCACAGAUGAAGGCCCUCCUCUGCCAUGUAUGAAGUUACGUGUCACUGUGUGCUGCGAGCCUAUGUUGGAGGGUUCAAAACAAAUACAAGAAACUGCACGUCCACGUAGCGCCUGCUCCCUUACGACAGCUUCACCUCCUCUCCUCCUCCUCCUCCUCCUCCUCCUGAUCACCUGACAGCCCGGACCUUCCUCGCCAACGCUGACCUCACCCUGUCCUCCGUCUGACGGGGAGACACUACUCAGAGUACACAAUGCAAUCUACACUCAGUGUACAGUGUAGGGACAGUGACUGAUGCGACGUGAUCUAUGCUAAGCUAUUUGCUAAAGACAGACAUCAUCAUCGCCCCAUGGCUGUUUACCAGUGAAAUUCCACUAAAAUCAGCUGUUUUCACCUGAAUGAACGGGACCACAGCGACUCAGGGACUGACAUGUUGAAUCACAGUGAUUAAUUUCUUGUUGUUUUCCUCUCCCAAAUGUUGUGUAAGUAGUAGAGCAGAAUAUUACACACAAGUUAGAACUCGUCAUGAGACUCACAUCAAAGUCUGAUGCCAGAAGAACAGAACAAUGGGCCUUUCAGGGCCAACUUUUCUCUCUUUUUGAGAAUUUUUCUACAUACUUUUGUAUUUUCUUCUUUUUUAACACCAGCCUCCUGUCUUAAAUUGGCCAAAUGAACACCCAGUGCCGUACUGAUUGGAUCAGAUAGAUUUCAAUCACUUACUGGUGACUUCUUGUCAUUUCUGGAUGUUUACACAUAGAUUUCUUAAACAUUUUUACAUCCUUUUUUAUCUCAUUAAGAUAAGUAAGUUAAACCUCAAAAACUUUAAGAUGAUGUCCUCUGGAGAAGAAAUUGAAUAUUCUGGAAAAGUCAGGCAGGGCUCCUGCGCCCCCUACUGGGAUUGAACUGGUUUAACUGGAGUCGAACUGGGAUGCAAACUGGACACUAGAUUCUUGUGCUGUGUGGUUAAUAUCAUGACUUGGGUCAGAGUGUGUCCUCUUUGAUUGAACCCCCUGCUGUUCAGCCUCCACUCUCCUCUUUCUGCUGAAGACUAAAGGCCAAAACAGAGGGGGUUGUGGGUAAACGGCAAGCGUGAGCUCGUCUUGCUCCACUGUACACACUACAGACGACUGCAGAGGCGACUGAGUGAUGGACGCUCAUGUUUAAAAAAUACAUUGUUCAGAUAAACACAAGUUUUUGUUCAUUUUUGUGGUUGUUGUUGGUCUGUUUUCUUUGAUUUUUUAUCCUGCAAAGGAUUAUUGUUUUUAGUAUUUUUCUAGUUAAUUAAUAUAUUCUGCCAAAUGACAUAAACAAGCAUUUUAGUGAGAGGAGAUCCCUGAUAUUUAGUUCAAAAAAGUGUAUGAAAAAGGGCUUUUUGCUUACACAAACAUUGAUUUAGAUUCUUGUUUAUAAGUUAUAAGUUAAUUUUCAACAAUACGUUCUGCUGCAAUGUAUCAAGUUUACUAAUUCAACUGUGCAAUCAAUUUGUAAUUAUUCAGAUUUUUUUUAAUUGCUCAAAUUAAAAAUUUAAAUAAUCAAUUAUUUUCCUGAAAUUUUUCAACAAAAUAGAAAUCAAAAUGUGUAUUUUCAUUUAAAUUCCAUAAAUUGAAAUCAAUUUUUAUAAAAGAUAAUUAAAUCCUCAAAAUAUUAUAAGGAAAAUUGAUAGCUUAAUUGCACACAGUUUCCUUUAAAAAAAAACUACAUUGUGAGCACUUAAUAUAUUUUUUUCUUGUCAAUAUUUUUCAUGUUGUGAAAUCAACUUCAUUCUGUUAUUAUUGUUUCUUAAAUCUGUAGGUAAACCAAUGUUUGAAUGUCUGUUAGUUAAUAUUAGUGUUGUAGAAAUCUACUUUGACCAACGUUGUAUUUGUUUUUUUAUUUCUUUAUGUGUAUUUGUUCUGCUUUCACAUUUUAGUGAAGAAUGUCGCCUCUUCUGUGAAGAGCCAACUGCAAUCUGAGCCUUUUUCUAUGCGGCGAGACGACAAAUAAACCUGAUUGCA